AUGGGUGCCCGCCAUGCUCACCCCAGAGAGCGAGUGCAGCAGGGCACCACCCAGGCGCCAGGUCCUGCAAGGCAGUUCCAUGGGCGUAGCUCCCGGGGAUUCCGUUCUCGUGUCCGAGCCUGCUUGGGGCUCGACAAGAGGGACGCUUUGCCCCCGAUGCAUCCCUUGGCCGGGCCGCUCCUGCAGCGCAAGUGGGCGUCGACAUCGAGGCAGUACGGCUUGCUGCUCUCUCAAGCCGAGGCCGGUGCGGUGCCUGAGGCGGUGAUCCACCAAAUUCAAUUGGACGUGGCUCGAACCUUCCCGGCCAUCCCUGCGCAGCACGGGGACUGGGGAUGGCCCGCCGACACUGCUGCCCAGGAUCGCGAACGAUGCCUGGCACGGGCUCUUUUGGCCUCAGAGUGUCGCUCUGCGGGGUCGUCCAGUCCGUCGAGCUCGAAGACUGGCUUGCCGAUGCUGUUGAAGAUUCGUCGGUCUUGGUGUGGGGCUACAGCAGCCGAUUCAUCCUCCAGUACUCCUCUCAUGCGCAGGCAAUCGCUUUCGCUGGGUGCAGACGGAUGGGCGGUGGAUUCUAUGCCAACUCUAAGCGAUCCUGUGCCGACAUACGUGCAAGGCUGCAGCAUGAUGGCUGCCAUGUGCCUGGGGUUUACUGCUGGCCGAGAAGAGGAAGGCUUCUGGCUCUUCAUACACCUUCUAGAGGAUGUGCUUGGGCCCGAUUUCUUUUCGCGGCAACCUGCACUUCUGGGAUAUCACGGAGACCGGGCUGCGGCUGCAGCCCUGGUGGCGUCGCAGAGUCCCAGCCUGGCGGAGCUCAUGGGGGUCCAAUGUUUGGGCGAGUCCAUUUCCGCCUUGGCGUCACGUUGCCUACUCUCAGGAUUUGUGGGCUUCCUCUCCGGCCCUCCUCUUGUUGCGCUUUGGGAGGAACUGCUUCAAGCGCGUUGCGCUGACUUCCCGCGCCUCCCUCUAAUAAGCUGGUUGGCAGGGCUGGUGCACCACGCUGAAAGCCAGCUGGCAUCGGCCUUGGUUGGUCUUUCCAGCGAUGAAGCUGUGCCGGUCUUCUUUCGAACAGUUCAGCAAGCUGCUAAAGCACUGCCGAACAACUGGCGCCCUCGAGUGCGAGUCUCACGGGCUCAAGUCCUGGAGCUGCGGCAGAUCUCCAAGGCGGCCGCCGAGAAGUACCGAAGUGCCCAGGAAACACUAAGUCUGAAGGAGAUGCAUGCGAAGAACGUGUCGGCCUCCUUGGACAGGACUUGCUCGGCGCUCCUCGAUGCCAUGAAGUUUGCUGAAGGAGUAAGCAGUGCAUCCGCCACAUCCGGCGCUGCAGCCGCGGAGAGCUCCAGUGGAAAGCAAGCCGCCAACCGUGCUUUUGCCAAAGGGUGA